AUGUUAUAUUUAUUAUUGAUUCCGGCUCUUGCUUAUGUCCAAGAAUAGUAUCUGAUGGAAAUCUACAAUGAGAUGAAUGGGAUUAAGGAGACCAUUUCUUAAUUGGAAUAUUAUACUGCUCUCGAGAAAUUGGAGUGGAAAGCUCGCUAGGAUAGAGAGUUUGAAGAGGAGGGAAUGACAAUCUAUUUAGAGCAUUUUUCUGAUGUGUAAAGAUUGAUCAAGCAAAGACUCUCGACUGAGAAAAAGGAGAAGGAUAGCUAGGAACUCUUUCUUCAUGAGACAUACUUUAAAGUCAUAAAUCUUCUAAAACGCCUAAUAAUAGAUAAAGUAUCAUUGUUUUAUUCAUCGGUUAAGGAUAAGUUGAUUGAGACUGACACAAGAGAAUUGGCUAAGAUCAAACAUCAGGCUAGAGAGGAUGCGUCGAAGCGCUUUGAUGAAUACAACUUUUUACUUUAAAAAAUUAAAGAAGUGAUUGAUUCUCCAAAUAUUUAAGAUAUUUUUAAAACAUUAGAAUUAUUGGAAUCUAAGAUCAUGAUAGGUCUUUUCAAAUCGAAUCCCAGUUAAGAAUUAGAUUUUUUUAUAAAAGGCGUAGAUCGAUUGUUUAAACAAAGCAAUCAUUCGAAUUCAAGAAAUGAGGCUCUACAAUUGUUAAGUCUGAUGCACAGUGUCAUCCAAGAGACCCUUAUCGGGAUGAUGAAUGAGCAGCUAGAAUCUUCCUUCGAUCUCCUGGAUAAAGAACUUUUCUACACUCAAUCUAAAAACACUCAUCAACAAGCUAAGGAAUCUUUGACCACCCUCCUUAAUAAACUUGAAGUCACAGGAGCCAAGUUCUGGAAUGACCAAUUGCAAAUAAAUGGCAAUGAAGAUCAUCUGGUUCAAAUGUUCCAGGGUUUUCUUGAUCAAGCUAUGUUGAUGAGCAAUCGAUCCAUCCAAUAUCAUCAACAACUAUCAGAAACUCUUAAAGCUAUGUUGGAACGUUUUCUUUAACGUUGA